AUGGGGUCAUCAUCAUCAUCAUCAUCAUCAUCAUCAUCAUCAUCAUCAUCUGAGAGUAGUCUUCUCAUUAAAAUAGCAGCCUUCUUUGGUGCUACAGGCGUUGGAUUGGGAGCCAUUGGAGCUCAUGCACUCAAAGCCACCCUCACCAAACGAGGCACCUUGGAAAGUUGGCACAUGGCGACUCACUACCAAUUGGCUCAUGCGGUAGCUUUACUGGGAUUUGCUGCCAAUAGUGACAAGAUAUCACCAACCGCUGGAAAGUUAUUGGCGAUUGGAACCACCAUGUUUUCGGGAUCUAUUUAUGGUUUGUCGUUGGGAAUUGGUCCAAAAGCCAUAUUGGGGCCCACCACACCGAUUGGUGGAUUAUUGAUGAUCAGUGGCUGGGCCAUGGUUGGAUUUACAUUGGAUUCCAAGUCCAAGGAUAACUAG